AUGCAGAUUGUCACCUGCUAUCUGCUCAGGCUGGUGUUUGUCCAGAGGCUGCUGGUGGUGCUGUGCCCGGCUCUAAUCACCUCCAUGGUUCAGGUGGAGGCGGAGCAGUGGGAGGGAGGGACAACCAGCCCUUCCCACGGGACUGGCGCCCGGGGAUUGGGGCAGCGGGAGCGCCUGGCCGAGGCCGCCUCAGAUGAGCUCUCCAUCCCGCUUGCUCCCUCGGCACACCCACCCCACAACUCCCUGACCACGGUGCCUCCCUGCCCUCCUCGCUUUCGCCACAGCCGUGCUCCAGGGAAUGCCGCGCCCAGCCAUCAUUCACAACCCCACAACGUCCGCACGGUCCUCUGCCUCAAACCCGGGGUGUCCCCACGCCAGGACGUGGGAAGUGUUUACCAUGGAAACCCUGGCACCGUGUCACCCCUGAGAUUCUCACCUCAGUACCCGCAUCAGGCCCAGCCCGCCCUGUGGCAGUGGCAGAAGCAGGUGGACUUUGUCCCCCCCCGGAAGACGCCGCGUGAGAUGCUGGCAACGCCCACGCCUGGGGAGCUGGGUCAGCUUUCCCACCCAAACCCCCUCCCCUCUGUGCCCCCAGAUCUUUGCAGCAUGCCCCCUGAAAUCUUGGUGCCAGCUGCCAACAAGACACUGGACUUAGUGCUGGGGAGCCAGGUUGAGCUGAACUGCACCGUGCGCUGGGUGGGCACUGAGCGCUGCCAGCCCAUUCCUACCUGGAGCAAGGAUGGGCAGUGGCUGGGCAGUGGGAGCAGCCAGGACACUGUCUGGUUUGGCCAAAACUCCUCGGAGCAGUUCCUGGCCAGCGUCCUGCAGCUCAACCUCACCCAUGACACCGAUUUUGGGGUGUUUGCCUGCUGGAUCAGCAAUGCCACGGCCACCUUCACCCUGCAGCAAGCAGAGGCGGCAGGGCACGUGCCUGCAGUGUUGGCAGCCCUCCUGGUCCUGGUGCUCCUGAUGCUCCUGGCUGUGCUCUAUGUCCGGUGCCGCCUGAAUGUGCUGCUCUGGUACCGGGACCACUACGGAGAGCUGGAGAUCAACGAUGGGAAGCUCUACGAUGCCUACAUCUCCCACGCCUCUGCUCCCGAUGACCGAAAGUUCAUCCACUUCAUCGUGAAGCCGCAGCUGGAAAACCGCCACGGCUACAAGCUCUUCCUGGACGAGCAGAACAUCCUGCCCAACUCAGAGCCAUCAGCUGACCUCAUCAUGAAUGUCAGCCGGUGCCGGCGCCUCAUCGUGGUGCUCUCUGUCGCAUACCUGGAGCAGGAUUGGUGCAACAGCAGCUUCAGGGAAGGGCUCUGGAGGCUGCUGGAGCUUUCCAGGAAACCCAUCUUCAUAGUCUUCGAGAGCCAGUACCGGGAGAUCACUCACCCUGCCAUCACCCUACUGAAGCAGCACCGAAGCGCAGUGACUCUGCUGGUGUGGAGAGCCGGCUCCAUGACCCCAUCGUCGGAUUUCUGGAAGGAGCUGUGCCUGGCCCUGCCACGCAAGGUGUCCUUCCCAGGAAGUGUGGGGGACCCGCAGACCCAGCUACAGGAGGACAAGGACCCCAUGCUGAUCCUGCACAGCAGCUACCUGGACAGCACAGGAGACCUGGACCCGGACGGGGACCUUGGCACAGGCCUCCGAGGGCGUGUUUUUGGAAGCCCCCAGCCGCCCCGCCUCGGUGGCCACAGUGUUCCCAGGGCUCCAGCAUCCAGCGGGAUGGAGGAUGUGCAGCUGCGGGAAGGGCAGCGCUCCGAGCUGGAUGUCUCAGAUCUGGGAUCGCGCAACUACGGUGCCCGCACAGACUUCUACUGCCUGGUGACAGAGGAUGACAUCUGA